UGAAAUCAAGUGUGCUCAUAAGUAGGCCAUUCAAUAGAAAAUUGCAAAACCCCAUUUUAAGUUCGAAACUCACUCAAACACCGCUCUCUUGUUAAUCUUAUAAACUAAACCAUUCUUCACCAACAACACAAAACCACUCUAUCAAUAUUUAAGCAAUCCCAAUCUCACAUUCACUUCAAGUCUUCUACCACUUCCUAUCUCUAACCAAAAUGUUCAGCCACAACAAAAAAGCCCUUUUGCACUUCAUGUUGCUAGCAUCAAUGAUAGUUGGCAUUGCAAUGGCAGAUUCAUCAACGGACAAACAGGAAUGUACUGAGCAACUGACAGGGCUAGCAACAUGCCUGCCUUAUAUUCAGGGUGAAUCAAAAGCUCCGCCGCCAGAUUGUUGUAGCGGUCUCAAGCAAGUGCUCAAGCAAAACAAGAAGUGUUUGUGUCUUAUUAUUAAAGAUCGUAAUGAUCCAGAUUUAGGUGGUUUAAUGAUUAAUGUGACUUCAGCUUUGAGCUUGCCAACAGUUUGCAAUGCCCCUGCCAAUAUUUCCAAGUGCCCAGAGCUUCUGCAUAUGGAUCCCAAAUCAAAAGAGGCUCAAGUUUUUUAUCAAUUGAACAAAGGCUCUAACAACAGUGGCCCAAGUCCUGCACCAAGUACUUCUGUUGGAGGAAGUGCUGCAAGGAGCCAGACAACCACUGCCACACAAAAGAAUGAUGCAAUGUGCAAGGAGAAAAGAUUGUUCGGGUUUGACAAUUUGGCUGCAGGGCUUCUAGUUUGGCUCUUAUUUAGCUUCAGUUCCAUGGUGUAAAUUGUUUUCUCCAACUUAUUGUAAAAGAAUAGAGCAAAAAUAAGGGAAAAUAUCAGUCAUAUUGUUGAGAAUAAACACUCACUUUACUUUAUUAGAAUACAAGUGAUCUCAGGUUUGCUACUCUAAAGAAA